AUGGGUGAUGUACAGAAGGGGCUGCUCUCCGUCAUCCAGAGGCUGAAGGGUUCCCCGGAGCAGGAGCUCCGCAUCGUCCUGCUGGGGCUGGACAACGCGGGGAAGACCACACUGCUGAAACGCCUGGCAUCCGAGGAGGUCAGCACCGUCACCCCCACCCAGGGCUUCAACAUAAAGAGUGUCCACUCGCACGGCUUCAAGCUAAACGUCUGGGAUAUUGGGGGGCAGCGCUCCAUUCGCCCGUACUGGAGGAAGUACCUGGGCAGCACCGACCUGCUGAUUUAUGUUAUUGACAGUGCAGACCAGAAGCGUUUUGAGGAGACUGGGCAGGAGCUGGCAGAGCUCACCGAGGAGGAGUCCCUCAUGGGGGUCCCGCUGCUGGUGUUUGCCAACAAGCAGGACCUAGUGACUGCAGCACCCGCAGCUGAAAUCGCGGAAGGGCUGAGCCUCCACACGUACCGGGACCGGGAAUGGCAGAUCCAGGCCUGUUCAGCCUUGUCUGGGGAAGGAGUGCAGGAUGGGAUGAACUGGAUUUCCAGCCAGAUCAUGAACAGGAAAAAGUGA